AUGUUAGAAACGCGUACACUUCCCAUCAUCCUCAGCUGCCAUAACGCAGACCAGGAAGAACCAAGGAUGUGACGCUAAUUCUUACAUGGUACACAGUGGUUGUAUUUUACAGGAUCAUAGCUGGGAUUUUGGCUAUAAUUCUAACCGUAUAUUCGAAACAAAAACGAAGUGACUGCCGUUGAGAGAGCGGUAAGAGAGGCAGGAUGAGUGGGGCUGCGCUGGGCAUUGAGAUAGUGGUGGUGUUCUUCCUGGCUCUGUUCCUGCUGCAUCGCUAUGCAGACUUCCGUAAGCAGCAGAGAAUGGUGCUGUUUGGCACCUUGCUGGCCUGGUACCUGUGUUUCCUCAUCGUUUUCAUUCUUCCUCUGGACAUCAGCACAACUAUCUACAAGCAGUGUAAGAUUGAUCAUGAGGAACAUCCCGCCGUACUCCCUGUGAUCCCACUGCUAUCCAAUCAAACAGCAGGAAACUCAACUAUGGCCACUGCCAAUAAAAGUGUUCUGAAGGUGUGUUACAAGCCAUGGAGCUACAUUCCAGAUGGAAUCAUGCCUGUGUUCUGGAGAGUUGUUUACUGGACCUCUCAGUGUCUCACCUGGCUGCUGCUGCCCUUCAUGCAGUCCUAUGCACGCUCAGGGGGCUUUUCCAUCACUGGGAAAAUAAAGACUGCACUGAUAGAGAAUGCCAUUUAUUACGGAACGUACCUGCUCAUCUUCGGCUCACUGCUUAUCUACGUGGCCGUUCAUCCUCAGUGGCACCUCUCCUGGUAUGAGCUGCAGACAAUAGGCAUCACUGCAGCCAACACCUGGGGUCUGUUCCUGCUGGUGCUGUUGCUGGGUUACGGCCUGGUGGAGAUUCCGCGCUCCUAUUGGAACGCCUCGCGGCGGGGACACCUGCUCAUCAAGACCUACUUCAAGGCAGCCAAGCUGAUGACGGAGAAGGCUGAUGCACAGGAGAACCUAGAGGAUGUCAUGGAGGAAGUGCGAAAGGUCCAAGAAUCCAUCAAGUACAACCACCCACUGAGGAAGUACAUCGAUACUGUUCUUAGAAAGUGCCCUGUGGACUACCAGGAGAAGAUGGGCAGAAACAUGGAUGACUAUGAGGACUUUGAUGACAAACAGAACACCUAUCCCAGUGAGAAGAGCCUGGUGAAGCUUCACAAACAAGUAAUUUACGCAGUGCAGAGACACAACCGGACCCGUGUUCAGUGGCUGAUCCUCCUGCAGCAGGCUAUGCACCUGGAGGACGUGGCGAAGAAUGAGACCAGCUCAGCCCACCAGUUUGUCCGCAGCUUCCCCUCCACAGAACCAACUAGCUGGCUCAGCCGAUACUUUUACACUCCUACCGUAGAGUGGUACUGGGAGUGCCUGCUGAAACAUUGGUUCUACCGGCUGCUGGCUGUGGUGUUGUCUCUAUUUUCUGUGGCCGUGGUGUGGUCUGAGUGCACCUUCUUCAGCACCCGACCCGUCCUCUCUCUCUUCGCUGUCUUCAUCCAGCUCGCUGAGAGAGACUACAACUACUUGUACAUUGAGAUGGCGUGCUUCAUCACCAUCUUCUUCCUGUGCACCUGUGUUUACUCCACUGUGUUCCGGAUCAGAGUGUUCAACUACUACUACCUGGCCUCACACCACCAGACUGACGCCUACAGCCUGCAGUUCAGUGGCAUGCUGUUCUGCCGUCUGACCCCUCCUCUGUGUCUGAACUUCCUGGGUCUGAUCCACAUGGACUCUGCUAUCUCCCACCAACAGAAGGAGCAGACGGCCUACACAUCUAUCAUGGGUUCUAUGAGGGUCCUAUCGUUCAUAGCUAAUGGCUUCUACAUCUAUUACCCCAUGCUCAUAUUGCUGCUCUGCAUCGCUACCUACUUCAGCCUGGGCACCCGCUGUCUGAACCUCCUGGGCUUUCAGCAGUUUGUGGGAGACAAUGAAAUGACCUCUGACCUGAUCGAUGAGGGCAAGGAGCUCAUUCGGCGAGAGAAAAGAAAGCUCCAAAGGAUUGAGGAUGGAGAGAACCGACGAAGGGAGUGGAAAGAGCGCUAUGGUAACACCCGGGAAGACACCGCCAGGAACAGGAUUAGAAAUGAAGCAGCAGAAAUGACAGAGACCAACUACUCCGAUACUGUCCCUAACACUAGACAGGCCAAGUACUCUCGGACUGGCAGAGGAACAGAGAGAGACUCUAUAGAACUUCUCCAGGACGCAGAGCCUUUGGACUUCAAUGCAGAGACCCUUUCAGACGACCCUCUUGAAGCAGGUUCCACCAGACAUGUACCAGGCAGGUACCUGUCCAUGUCCUCGUCACGGAGCAGAAUCUUUGAUGACGUUUGAGAGAAGUAAAGAGGGGAAGUCGAAGGAACAGGAAAGCUAGAAACACACAUUAAUUUUCAUGCUCCACUUUUCAGGGAAGACCAUACGAAGGAGAGACGCUCUCUCAACCUCUGUGAAUGUAGCACAUGACCUCUAUCUCACACUACACUGUUGGCCUGAUGUAUCUGCUACCCUUUGUUUCCAAUAGCUUGUCGCCUGUCAGAACACUCCAGUGGCUGUUAAUAUACACUUCCCCAUUAGGCAGAUAGCUGUCCUCCCAGUGCCAGCCAGUGUGCAUCAUGUCAUGAAUGCAUGAACCUGUACCCUAUUUGGGCUUAUCAUUGUUAAUCCGUUUUGUUAUUUCAUUUGUUACUUAUGUGCAUGAAUUUCUAUUAAAGGUCCUCUGUUCAUUUGAUACCCACUGGGAUGUGUCUUCCCUCAAAAAUCUGGUUGACGGGUUGAGCGAAAAAAAUUUUUUUUUGAGAAGAUAAGUAAUUAACACUAAUGAAGGAUAUUGUGGAGGGGAGAGACAUACACUACCAUUCAAAGUUUUUGGGUUACUUAGAAAUGUGCUUUUCUUUAAAAAACAAGGACAUGUUUUUGUCCAUUAAAAUAACAUCAAAUUUAUCAGAAAUACAGUGUAGACAUUGUCAAUGUUGUAAAUGACUAAUGUAGCUGGAAACGCCAGAUUUGUUUUAAUGGAAUAUCUACAUAGGCAUACAGAGGCCCAUUAUCAGCAGCCAUCACUCCUGUGUUCCAAUGGCACGUUGUGUUAGCUAAUCCAAGUUUAUCAUUUUAAAAUGGCUAAUUGAACAUUAGAAAACCAUUUUGCAAUUAUGUUAGCACGUGGAAUAGCCUUCAUUUCUCAGAACAAGAAUAGACUGAUGAGUUUCAGAAGAAAGAGCUUUGUUUCUGGCCAUUUUGAGCAUGUAAUUGAACUCACAAAUGCUGCUGUUCCAGAUACUCAACUUGUCUAAAGAAGGCCAGUUGUAUUGCUUCUUUAAUCAGGACAACAGUUUUUCAGCUGUGCUAACAUAAUUGCAAAAGGGUUUUCUAAUGUUCAAUUAGCCAUUUUAAAAUGAUAAACUUGGAUUAGCUAACACAACGUGCCAUUGGAACACAGGAGUGAUGGCUGCUGAUAAUGGGCCUCUGUAUGCCUAUGUAGAUAUUCCAUUAAAGAAAAUCUGAUGUUUCCAGCUACAUUAGUCAUUUACAACAUUGACAAUGUCUACACUGUAUUUCUGAUCAAUUUGAUGUUAUUUUAAUGGACAAAAAAUGUCCUUGUUUUUUAAAGAAAAGCACAUUUCUAAGUAACCCCAAACCUUUGAAUGGUAGUGUGUGUGUGUGUGUGUGUAUGUAUGUAUAUAUAUUUUUUUAUGCGUUUAUAUUUAUCUCCUAAAAGUUCCUAACUACCUACUUAUUUAACUGUGCCAGAAAAAUAGAAAUAGUGGAACAAAUGAUCAAUGUUUCAAUGAAUUAGUCUUGUGUUGUCACUUGUCAGUCUUGUAGAAUUCUAUGAUUUAUGGUUCUGGUUUAUGGAAGGAUGGACAGUUGCUUGGGACUGUUUCUGAAGCUGCUACCAUAGAAACCAAGUGUACAGUAGACAGUCCUCUAUUUCUUGUAUAAUCUAUGUGAUCCAGCCCAUACUGAGCUAACAUGCAUGGUGUUUAUACUGCCCUUAGAGCUGAAUACUAACUUGAGAUGUGUGUUGUUAACUCACAUUAUUUGUGCAAGGGAAUUGAUGUCAGAUUAGUGCAAAUCGGAACUCAAGUUGGAAUUCGGCCCAUAACGCUAGAGAUGUUGUUGCAAUUGAUGGAGGUCAACUGAUACAGCUGUUAUGUAUUGUUAUGUAUACUCUCUUUUCUAUUCCUAAUGUCAGAAUGACCUUAAACUUUUUGUGUUUGAGAAUUCAUUUGUUUAAAUUCUGUUGAAAGGCCUGUUUAAAAAAAAUUAGCAAUAUUGUGUCAUUAACCAUUGACCGCUGGACAUUUUUGAGCUAUUUAGAAUUGUAGGUGUUAAAGAAUCUACUGAAGUCUUUUUGGGGUAUCAUUGUGCCAUUUAUUGUUUUAUUUGUGUUUAUUCGGCUCCAUUACGAAAAUGGCAAAUGCACAUUUUUCCCAAUUAUGAUUCCAUUUUUGGUUUUAAUUACUUGGCUCAAUCAACAAAAACAAGUGACCUUCAACUUUUUAAAUAUUUAUCCUUACAUUGAUCAAGAGGUCUUGCUGGCAGGUACAGCAAAGCAACAGGCCAUUUACAUCACUGAAAUACUGUACAUUCCCAAACAUCUUUCAAGGCAGGUUCCCAAAAGAAGGACUGCACAAUGUGUCAACAUGGAAGAACUACUGUAUGAGCGCUCUAGUUGGAUUGAGUAAUUCAGAUGUAACAAACACACACACACACACACAUGAUAGCAUGCAGGUUAAAUGCAUGAUAUUCAUAUUUGAAGGAGAUGGACAAUUAUCCUAAAAUCAUGUUAAAUUAUAAUUGAAUGUAAUCUGCUGUAAAUAAUAUUUUAGAUUUAACCAGAAAAGUCUCUCUCCAUGUCUUUGUUAAUGAUGCACUGUUGUAUAAUUUGUUAGCUUUUUUGUUUUGUUUUAUAUUGUUCUUUUAAGAUAGCAGACAGAAAAGGUCAACACAUGUACAACAUGCUAUUUAUUGUAAAUGAAUUGAACUACAUCUGUUUAGAUGCCCAUUUAACUUAAUCUCCUUAAAAUCUCUGUAAAAAGUAAGAAAUGAAUUAAAGUUCCUAAUGAAUUAUACUGUAGUGUUAGUGAGAUGGGUAACCUCACACUGAUUUUGGUGAAGACGUUUUUGCUUUGUAUCUUGAAAUAUAUUAUGUACAGGUAUAUUUCAUUUUCUUUGCACAUGUACUCUGAUGCUGGAAUGUUAUAAUUUAUUAAACCCAGGUGUUGGUCCUCUGUGGGGUUUUUUAAUGUAGUAUUUAGACUAAAGUGUUGUGGAACGAAAUAAAACAUCUUAAAAUUA